CCAACAUGAAGGAAGAAAAAGGAACGAAUACCAAGUGGUGGCUAGACAGUGAGAAGAGGCAACCCGUGAGAAGCAGCAAGUGCAACCUGACUGGGUGGUGGAAGAACGACCUGGGCUCCAAGAUGCAAGUGUUCAAAGUGGACAACAAGGGCAACUUCUCCGGCAUGUACCACACUGCCGUCUCGAGCGCCCAGAAGCCAAUCCAGCCCUCGCCCCUCCAUGGGUCCCAGCACUUGGACGAUGACAAUCAGUGCACGUUUGGCUUCACCGUCAACUGGCAAAGUUUCUCCGACUCCACAGCUGUCUUCGUGGGCCAGUGCUUCGUGGACGACAAGGAGCAGGAGGUCUUGCAGACAGCCUGGCUCCUGCGCGAGAAGGUCGACCACCUGGACAACGACUGGAAAGCCACCAGGACGGGCCGCAAUGUCUUCACUCGGGUGAACCCAAAGGAAGAAUAAAAACCUCUCCGACAGCACCUCUGCCAGCCUAGGAAAGGUGCUGUGCCACAGAUCUCAGUCCUACCUGCCACGGAGGAUGGUGCAAUCUUCUGCUUGUCACCUCACUUACCUGUGUGUCACUUCUCACUCUUGUAGCUUAGUACUGCUGCAGGUCUGGGGAAACUGGUGGGCUGUGUGCUGAUGCCACCAGGGACUUGGCAGGAGCUCCGCUCAGGCUGCUUUGAGGUUCUUCAGCAAGAAGCUCCUUCCAAACCAGGAGCAUCAGAGGCAGGACAGGAAGACCCUGUGUGCCCCAGCUCCUCUCUAGCUGGGACUUGGCUCUCAGCUGGGGCGCUUGCUGUGCUCAGAGCAAGGGCCUUUGCUCAGCGGCUUGCUGCCUCUGAGCUUUGUAUGUUGGAGGCAGCUCCCUUCCACACAUGGGACCUCAUAACACUUCUGAAGCCCACAUCAGCUCUGAAAAAAACAAUGAGAGUUGAUUUUUUUCUCUGAUAAGCUCCUCACAAGGGACUCAGGAGCUUCCCCUUCACACUCCAUGUUCUCCUACUCUUGGGGACUCUGGUGACGGCGCCACACCAGAAGCUCCAACACCUACUAUCACCUCUGCACGAGAGCCACUACAGACAUGCAAAGCGGGCGUCUUCCUAGUAAGACUAAGACCUAGACAAAGUAGUCUUCCUCACCUUCACAGUCACCUCCAAACCAUCCCUAUGAGCAAUCCCUAGAUGACCUACGUGGCGUAGGGAUGCCU